AUGUCAGAGCCGCCGCGCAUAGAUCCCGCCCUCGAGUUCGGCGGCCAGCAGCCUGAGCGCUCCGACCAGGACUUCAAACAACGCCUCCAGGGGCUGCAAGACUCUUUUUACGCCCACAACGCCUUCUACGCGUCCUACCCGCCGCAGGCCCAGACCGCGUCGCAGACGCCCGCCGACUCCGCCGAUGCUGCUCUCCAGGCUAUCGCGACCGCUGCCCAGGAUCGCCGUCCCUCAACUCCAAGCUCUGCCUCUGUCGGCGCUGCCGAUCCCAAUUCUCAGACUGCCCAGACAAAGCUCGGUCCAGAUGGCAAACGCCUGCGCGCGUGCGACCACUGCCGCUCACUGAAGGUGCGCUGUGAUCCGCAAGAAGAGAAUGGUGUCAUUUCAGAAGCAAUUCCGUGCAAGCGUUGUCUCAAGUCCAAAAAGGUUUGCGUAACAACCGCACCCACGAAAAAGCGCACCAAAAAGGCCGACACGAGAGUUGCGGAGCUUGAAAAGAAGGUGAACGAACUAACUGCUCGGCUGGGCGAUAAUCCCGUUGCGUCCUAUAAUUAUGCAACCCAUCCACCAUUCCCUGACGGUGCUCAAGCCGUCGAGUUUGCGGACUCGACGCGACCCGAGAAGCGCCGCCGGAUGAACGACCAGCAUGACGCCCUUAUGUCCAACGAAGCACGGCGAGAGAUCAUGUACGAUGAGCACGCUGAAAUUGCGGCUGCCGCCCAUCAAAGGGUUGAAAAUCGUCCUCCCCAGUCAGACUACUCGUACAUUUCCUACGAGGUCGAGAGGUGCAUCAGUCCUGAUGUUGCCGAGCGUAUCGUGAGCCGUUACAUCAAUGUCUUGAUGCCGGCCUUUCCCGCUGUACUACUUCCGCAGGAAACAACGGCCCAGAAUCUCCGGGAUGAAAAGCCGUUGUUGUUCCUGUCAGUAUCGAGCGCUGCCUCCUUCGGCUGCGAUCCUCUCGUCCCAGCAGAGACACAGCGGUAUCUGGCAGACCUCCUGCAAAACUGGUUUGCGGAGCUUAUCUGGCGUCGACAAGACAAGUCGCUUGAAAUUGUUCAAGCCCUGCUGGUGUGCGUGCUCUGGUAUCGCCCUCCUGUGGUAUAUGAGCGCCACGCUUUCUACAUGAUGACCAACGCUGCCAUAACUAUGGCUCUUGAGCUAGGUCUUGGGAAGCGAGCCGGCAAGGCUAAAGCCAAACUCGGCCUUGGUCCCUUCCGCAGAUGUCUUCCGAAUGCAGGAGGAAUUGAUGCUAGGAGAUCAUUCAUGGUUUGCUACUACUUAGGAACCAACAUUUCCAUGGUACUUCGGAGACCCAUGCUCCUUCGCUGGAACCAAUACAUGGACGAGUGCAUCUCUGAGCUUGAGUCGUCAUCGGACGCCGUGCCGUCUGACAAGGUACUCUGCUACCAUAUCAGACUAGCGGCUAUUGCGGAAAAUGUCGCGUCACAGUUUUCCAUGGAUGAUCCUGUUGCCAGCGCCAAUUUCUCCGAGAAGUACAAUGAAAUUGCGCUGAGGAACUACGAUACAAAACUUGAGUUGCUUCAGCCGCAAAGACCACCGAACGCUAACCAGACUGUCCUGAAGUUCUCGGAAAGUGUUGUCAGCCUCUACACCCAUGAGGUUGCUAUGCACCAUACUCAGAAUAUCGACGAUUCCUCGGAAGAGGGGUGUCGAAAAUCGUUGGGUGCAGUGCAGACCAGCUCACUCAAAGAAUGCGUAAAAUCCUGUCACGGGGUUCUCGAUAGCUUUCUUUCUCUUGAAUUCGACGCGUUUUACGCGCUGCCGCUCAUAUUCUCUGUACGGUGCGUGUAUUCCACCGUCUGCCUCACAAAGCUUUGGGCAGAUGCAACAAUUCCGGGCGAUCUGGGCAGCGUGAUCACGCCUGACUCACUUCGCUUGGAGCACUACUUUGACAAUCUCAUCCGGCGCUUUCAGCAUACUGAAGAGCGUGACCCGCAAUCUCCACAUACCAAAUUCCCGCGCAUUCUCUUGCGCCUUCGCGAGAAGUUCAACCGGAUGAAGAAUGGCGAGACAUGCGUGGACGUCUUCUCGGGACAAGCCCCGGCCUCUGCCAGUGGCACUUCAGCGCCAGCUGCGACCAACUCGACAGUGAACGGUGCGCACGAACAGGCCCGUCACGCAUUCCCUGCCAACGGAAACAACGUCGCCACGACACAAACUCCGCUCCAUCUGCUCUCGGAAGUAGCCCAACAGGCCCAAGCGCCGCCCGCCCAGCAAGGCUAUUACGAUAACGGCAUGGGCGGCCAGGCAAUGAACAGCUACAAUUGGGACAUGGCCGCCUUUGGUGACUUUGAUUUCUCCAGCAUGGGAAUGGGCGUGGAUCUGGCCAGUCUUUUUGGCGGCGACGUUGGCGGCGGCGGUCACGAGCCUCAACCGGCUCCGACGCAGCAGUUUGGUCCACCACACCAAGCGGCGCCGGUAUAUCCCGAACCCGUGUCUUGGAACGCUUAG